CUAAAGUCAGACGCAAACGUUUUCGUGCGUAGCGAGCGUCCGGGACUGGGGUGCAGACGUCGUUUGUUAGCGGUGAAGACCCGGCGUCUCCCGGGCGUCAGGGUGAUACAGAAAACCGAGGAUUGUUGUCCGUUUUUAGGCCGAAGGAGUGACAGAAUGCGCAGCUGUGUGCGUAGCACCCGGGUCCUGUCCCCCGUCUUCUUUCCUCGUCUCCUGCUGGAUGUGAGGCACGGGGGGGCCGAAGUGGGCCAGCGUGGCCUUCGUUGCUCCCCGAGGAGCUUGGCGGCUGGGGUGGAGGGGAGUUCCAUGCCUUUGCCGAGCCAGGCUCGUGUGGUGAUCUGUGGCGGCGGAAUCGUAGGCUCCUCUGUGGCUUACCACCUAGCCAAACUCGGUUGGACGGAGGUGGUCUUGCUCGAACAGGGAAGGCUUGGGGCUGGAACCACCCGUCUGUGUGCUGGCAUCGUCAGUGUCGCCAAGCCUAUUUCCAUCGAGAGCAAGAUGGCCGACUACUCGAACACACUCUAUGAGCGUCUAGAGGAAGAAACUGGCGUGAAAACUGGUUACAUGAAGACUGGCUCUCUAUGCCUGGCCCAGAAUCAGGAUCGCUUUUUGUCCUUAAAGCGUCUCGCCUCCCGCCUCAAGGUGAUAGGGAUCAGUUGUAAUGUCAUCAAGCCCAAGGAUGUGGCACAGCUGCACCCUCUAGUGAACAUGCAUGACCUGGUGGGGGCGCUGCAUCUGCCGGGGGAUGCUGUGGCGUCCCCUCCAGAUGUCAGCCAUGCCCUGGCGGUGGCAGCGGCGAGUCACGGGGUCAUGAUCCACGAGCGAACGAGCGUGAACCACGUGAUGGUGGAGAGGGGACACGUGACUGGCGUGGAGACUGACCGAGGACCCAUUGAGUGCGAGUACUUUGUGAACUGUGCAGGACAGUGGGCGUACGAGCUGGGCCAGGCCAGUGAGGUGAAGGUAUCAGUGCCCCUCCACGGCUGUGAGCACUUCUACCUUCUCACCAAGCCCCUGCAGCCGCCCCUGCAGCCCAACACCCCAGUGGUGAUGGACAUGGACGGGAGGAUCUACGUGCGUGCCUGGCAGGGGGGGGUCCUGUCGGGGGGCUUUGAGAAGAAUCCAAAACCCAUCUUCACGGAGGGCAGGAACCAGCUGGAGAUCCAGAACAUGCAGGAGGACUGGGACCAUUUUGAACCUAUGCUUGGUGCUCUUCUACGUCGCAUGCCCAACCUGGACGCCUGUGAGAUCCACCAGCUGGUCAACUGUCCUGAGUCGUUCACCCCGGACAUGCGCUGUCUGAUGGGGGAGACCCCAGGAGUCCACGGCUACUUCGUCCUAGCUGGCAUGAACUCGUCUGGGCUGUCCUUCGCUGGGGGUGCCGGCAGGUACCUGGCUGAAUGGAUGACCUACGGUUACCCCACGGCCAACGUGUGGCCCCUGGACAUCACGCGCUUUGGCAGUCUACAGAGCAGCCGCACCUUCCUGAGACAUCGCGUCAUGGAAGUCAUGCCCCUGCUGUACGAGCUGAAGGUCCCACGCUGGGACUUCCAGACGGGCCGGCAGCUCCGGACCAGCCCCCUGUAUGACCGGCUGGAUGCGCAAGGCGCUCGCUGGAUGGAGAAGCAUGGCUUUGAGAGAGCCAAGUACUUCGUUCCUGCUGGGAAAGACCUUCUGGCUCUGGACCAGAGCAAAACAUUCUACAAGCCGGAUUGGUUUGACAUCGUCGGCGCCGAGGUCAAGUGCUGUAAGGAGGCUGUGUGCGUUAUCGACAUGUCCUCCUUCACAAAGUUUGAGCUCAGUUCCACUGGGGACCAGGCACUGGAGCUGCUGCAACACCUGUGCGCCAACGACCUGGACGUGCCAGUGGGCCACAUCGUACACACGGGCAUGCUCAACGAGCGCGGCGGCUACGAGAACGACUGCAGCGUGGUGCGCCUCAGCAAGAACAGCUUCUUCAUCAUCUCUCCCACAGACCAACAGGUACGCUGCUGGGCUUGGAUAAAACAGCACAUGCCGAAUGAUCCGCAGCUCCACCUAGAGGAUGUCAGCUGGAAAUACACAGCUCUGAAUCUCAUUGGCCCGCGAGCGAUGGAUGUGCUCUCCGAACUGUCGUACGUCUCGAUGACCCCGGAGCACUUCCCCUCUCUGUUCUGUAAGGAAAUGAGCGUGGGUUAUGCCAACGGCAUCCGGGUCAUGAGCAUGACCCACACGGGGGAGCCUGGCUUCAUGCUCUACAUCCCCAUCGAGUACGCGCUCCAUGUCUACAACGAGGUGAUGUCCGUGGGCCAGAAAUAUGGCAUCCGCAACGCCGGCUACUAUGCCCUGCGCAGCCUGCGCAUCGAGAAGUUCUUCGCCUUCUGGGGACAGGACCUGGACACGUUCACCACCCCCCUGGAGUGUGGCCGUGAGUUCAGGGUUAAGUUCGAUAAGGACACGGACUUCCUGGGGCGGGACGCGCUGCUGCGGCAGCGCCAAGAGGGCGUGUCACGGCGCUUCAUCAUGCUGGUGUUGGAGGACCAUGACUGCGAGCUGGACCUGUGGCCCUGGUGGGGCGAGCCGAUCUACCGGAGCGGGGAGCUGGCCGGCGUCACCACCAGCAGCGCCUACAGCUACACGCUGGAGCGUCACGUGUGCCUGGGCUUUGUGUCGCCGCCGCCCGGCGCCCCUCCUGUCAUCACCCCCGACUUCAUCAACCGCGGUGACUAUGAGGUGGACAUUGCGGGGCAGAGGUACCCGGCCAAGGCCAAAUUGUACCCCUUCAGUUCUCUCUUUGCUCAGCAGCGCCGCCGUAAGGAUGAAAUGGAGCUUAGCAAUUUCCAGGGCAAGUAAGGGGUCUUAGCUGGACGAUUUCUAUCUGCCUCCCUGUUUGCUCCUGGCUCCUCCUCCUGGCUCCUCCUCCUGCAGAGCUGAGAGGACCUCUUGGCUUCACAAGGCAGCAGUCUGUUCCUCCGUACAAAGUGCAAUACCCAUCAGUCCUGCUCUCCAGCCGCCCCUGGUCCACCGACUUGCCUCCCUGUUUUUAACACUCCCUUAUUGAGGGGAGGGGUAAGCAGCCAGACAAUCUUCACUGUCAGGGUGACAAAUCAGAACUGCACCUAUCUGCUGAAGUCUGUGUAGCACAAGUUUGCCAGAUACUGUACCUGCUAUCGUGCACUAAGGAUUUAGUGAAGAGUUUUAGUCUGUUGUCUUUUUCCACAUGGUAUGUUUUUUUGGAAAUGGUAUCCGACAAAGCAAGGUGUAAAUCUGUAAAAUGCUGGGGGUCUUUAUUUACUGUAGUGUGUGUGUGUGUGAAAGAGAGAGAGAGAGACGAAGCAGUAGUUUAAACGCAUUAAUGUUGCUGCCCAGUAUAUAUGGUUGCUGGAGACAUUUGAUCACUGAAAAGCUGCUCCUGGAUACUGGUUAUUGCAGUCAGGGCCUUUAAGCGCUCCAGUCAGACCAGUACUUCCUGGCUGCGUUGGGUUUUAAGACAUUUCACCUUGGGAUCUCACAGUACUGAAUAAAACCGUACAAUGUGUGAUCCAUAUGUUCUGACCACUAGACCUGCCGAAUGGCUCACUGCUUGUUCUUUUGUCUACGUGGAACUCCAGAACCAGAUUGGUCUUAGAAACCGAAGAGCGAAUUUACUUUGGAAUCUAGCAGCAGAAAAGUUUUUUUUUUUUUUUUUAUAUCCUUGGCCAUGUAUCAAUUUUGUAGUUCUGGGAUUCUACGUGAACAAAAUAUGACAGUUGUACGGUCCUGUCUUUCCCCCCCAUUUUCAAAUUUGCACAAAAUUGAAAUCAGACCACUGUGUUUGAAGCUGGCUUUCGACCUUCUGCCGACGCUCGGAUAUUUAUCCCGUUAACUUAAUUAUGUAUUUUUUUUUGUACAUUUUAACCAGCUGUCGGUUUAAACACUUGAUUUUUCUGGUGUGGUCUAUCGUAAAUUCUGAAAAGGCCUUUGUGAUUUGAAAGGAAUUGCAUUGGGGUUUCUUCAACCUGAUUUGCAAUGCGUGUCUUAAGACGACACCACGUUUCCUCGGAGAGCAAGGCGUCAGUCUGCGCGUUCACCCCUAAAAUUCAGCUUCCGCUCGGCCCAAAUGCUGCCCUGUCGUCCUUGUGGCUGUUAGCGAGGCAUUUGGAUCUGCUUCCUGUACUUAUCCACUCCUGCUUCAACGCGUUGCUACAUCAUAAAUAUUUGUGGUCGUAUGAAUAUUUGUUGUGCUGCUAAUGUAACGAUUCGGCAACAACGGGCACGCAGCUGCAGUUUAUUUCCCUAAAAUAAAUGGCGCAGUCGACGACGUCCAGCCUCUCCUCAAUUUACACAGUGCCAAAUCUAAGCGGAUUCUGACAGGAAUUGACGCUGAAACAAAAAAAAUAAAUAAAAAAAUGCGCCGCUGGUUGCUGCCAUGCCUACAACACCUUUGUGGCGGAACCGAAAAGUACAAACUAAACCAACGAAAUGCAUAUGUAAGUAUAAACAGUCACAAAUAAUACAUGUCAUACAUAAGUACAUUUAAAAUAAAGGACUGGAGGAGUUCAGAAAAUCAACAACUAUACAUUAACAUGGCUACACUAACAGGAAAAGGCUUGUAGCAUUAGUAGUGAACCAGCAAACGCGUUAGCCGUCUUCUAUCAUUAAGGUAGCGGUAAGGCGCAAUGGUGAAUAAUAAAAUAAUAUAGUUAAUGUGGGAACAAUACAAAAACUUAAAACAAAAAUCCUGUAAAAUGUAAAUGGCCAGUCAUACUUACAUACAGAAGGGUAGUAAAAAAAAAGAAUGAUUGCACUUUAUUUGCCAUUUGUACAAAUAUGAGUACAUUUGAAUUUUCAUUGGUUUUCUCGUAUCCCAUCUUACCCACCUAAGAUGCAUGUAGAAGUGAGCGAAGCUUACGGUCAGAGCACAGCGCCUCCCUGCAGUCUUCAGGGCUGAGGCCCGGCCUCAAAGGCCACAUUCUUUCAGCCACGCCAUUCAAAUCAGCCACCUUCUGGUCAUGGGCAUGUGCCACGACCUCCUAAUGCUGGACGCCCCUAUUCCCGUCCCGGAGGACCAGAAUCCAACACGGUUUGUGGAUUUUCCUGCUCAGAUGCACAUACUAAACCUGGUAAUUAUCUGAUUGUGACGUGUUUGAGCUGGAGAGUCUGCAAACUGUCAGAUUCUGGCCCUCCGGGACCAGAAUUGAGGAGGUAAACUUUUGUAUUGUAUUAACAGCUGAUUCCUACACUCUGCCCCUAAAGUAACAAGGGCAUUUGAAAACUACACAGAGGAAUGAAGGGCAGACAUUAUUUGUUUCUUUGUGGGCCACCGUGCCCUAUGAGCAAAGCUUGUCUUUCAUAGGUGGACAUCGCCAGUAUAGUCUGAAGGCCUUUGCUGGAUUUCUGUGUUGUUUAUCAUGAACAGCCACAGUUUGCAGCCCUAGAAGGUACAAGCGUAGUGUGGUUGAGAUGGUACCCUGGUGGAGCUGAACCUGCGCUAUGCUAUCUAGCACUGCAGAUGCCUGCCGUCUUUCCUUGUGUGUGUGUGUGUGUUUAUCAGUCAAUGAGUUUGUUUGGAAAUGUCAUUCAGAUAUGAUGUGGUUAUUUGUUUGUGGAAGAAAAUUUUGAGAAAUGGCAUUGUAAAAAAAAAAAGAAAUUAUCAUUUGUUUCAUUUUCGUUUGUUUCCACAUCCUUAAAUUUAUCAUUCACUUAAAACUGGUAUGUUGUCAUUUCACAUUUUAAUAGUGUGAUUUUUAAACCAUUAUCUUGAAUGCAAGCAUUAAAAAUAGUGUUGAUAGUGGAUGGGCUGUGAGGACUUCUGUAGAGUGCCGUCCCUUUGCAAAUGCAAUGAUGUUAUGUCAACUUGAAAUACUCGACUUUCUGAAAAUCUCUUACCAGCCAAGCAGCUUCUGCUUUUUUGCAGAAAUGUUUGGAUUUGGACUCAAAUCCAUAUGAAGGUCAGGGUUCUUGCACUAUGGCUGACCUACUGUGCGUCUGGGCUUCGUCAACGAGCUCCAACAGUAACACGGAAUUAGACACGCUUGGUAAAAUUUGGUACAAUACAGAAAAAGAACACACUCUUGAAAUUUUAGCUGCGCUGGGCUGUGUCAGAACAGCCUACUUACUGACUUUUGUAUAAAAGUGGGGUUUGUCGUGACCUAAAACCCAGACACUUCUACAGUACCUGCUCCAGGAGGUCAGAAAGGAGCUUCAGUUAUGCACUGAUUUUGAGCAGGACCCCCCCCCCUCCCCCCCCCCCCCAGGGGACUCGUGGGACAGGUUCAGCAGUGUGUUUGUGUGUGUCCUGUUCUGUCAAGAGUUUGCUCCUUUUUAAGUCGGCCUGUUGGUGACCCAAACCAAAAUAAGACAUAUUGUGUAUUGGAUUUUGUAUAACUAUUAAAUAUGAUCUAAAAAAGAAAUAAAACGUUUCACAGUUCA